AUGCCAGCUCGGACAAUGCUUGGUGUUAAUGCACUCAUGGCUAUGAUUUUCCAGUUCGGCAACAUUAUGAAGAAUCUUCCACGAGUAUCUUACGUUAAAGCUAUCGACGUGUGGAUGCUGGCAUCAAUGACAUUUAUCUUCUGCAGUCUUCUCGAGCUAGCCGUUAUUGGAUAUAAAGUACGAGAGAAAGCUAACUUCAAUAAAGUAGCAUUGAAGAAAACGGAAAGCAACCGCCCCUUAAAUCAUUUACGCAUACAGUAA